AUGUCUGACGCUCCCAACAUUCCAUGGGGAAACCCCAGUGCCGUCUUCGUGAACGAGGAUGGGCAACUGACUCCCCCUCCCAGCCCCGUCCUCCUCGCCAAUGCAGGACUCACAAAUGGGGCAGAGUCAUCUGUCAUAUUGACAGACGGCGAUGUCUCAGACGAGAGCGAGACAUUGAGUUCUGAAGUUGAGAGUCAGCUCGGGUUUGGCGUCCAGUCUAUGACUGGGGCCGUUGGUGACGAGAGCAGUGGAUUUGAGAACAGCACGGGAGGAUCAUAUUGCCAUGAAGGACCGCCCCCCAACUUGAUCGUUCACACUGCCGCGGGUGAUCUUUACGUCCACCAGCAUGUCCUCUCUCAAAACGAGACAUUUUCUCGUCUUCUCAUUGAUUACCCGGCUACGCUCGACAUGAGGGACGAAACCCCCUCCGCAGUGGAGAUCCUUAUCCGCUACAUAUACAAUCCUUUAACGUCAAUCAUCCUCCCCGACACGCCAAUCACGCACUUCUCAGAGGUCGCCCGUCUCGCCGAGAGUUUCGAAAUCUGGGACCUCGCCUACCGCGCCGAGCAAUCCAUCCCCCUCAACCUCCCCGUGUGUACCCUCCCCGAGUUCAUCGCCGGGUUCAGAGACGCUUUUCUGGCGGAAGAGGUCUCGGUAUCUAACCGCAACAUACAGCGCAUCUUCCUUGACGAAGCCUGCGUGAGGAUGUCCGCCCUUAUCGCCAACGCCGAGUUUAAGGACUUCCUGGACUCGCAACCUACUCUCGCGGUUGAUAUCCUCCGGCGUCUGUAUCUGGGUCCGCCGCGCCCGCUUCCACAUCUGGCGUGGAAUUUGAUCCGGUCGGCCGGUCAACAUAUGCCGGAGCUGGCAUACUUCCAGAUCCAGGGGUUGUUUUGUAGAAUGAACCUUCGAGACGUUGUGAAACAUGCCCCUUUAACAUCGCUUAAGGUACUACGGGUGGUGAAAGCCGGAGAAAUCGAAAGUGGUGCGACAGGUGUGGAAUCCAAGGACUACCAAACAGCGCCCUUCAACACACUGGACCUCGUCGAUACCCGGGCAUCUUCGGACACGAUCGCCCAACUAAUUCAAUGGCCCAAAGAGCUAGUCUGCUUCUCCCUGCAGCAAUCGCACAUAUACGGCGCCGAUUUGCCCAUGCUCUGUUCGUGGUUAUCAGGCCACCGGGACACGCUCAAAAAGAUAGAGAUAGGUUCCUUUUCCGCCAGAGGCGUAGGGACUUUGUUCAAUGCUGCCCGCUUUCCGAAUCUUGAGACACUUCUGCUCGCGAGGCGGAUGAUGGGGUCACCGCAAGGGGACCUUGCUCGACCGUAUCUCGAAUGGUCUCCAGAUCAUGCAGACCUGCUUCUGGGGCCCAAACUCCACAGUUUUACAUGGUUGUUUGAAGAGGAUAACGUAAAUCGUCUUGAGUGGCACGAAUUUGGUGAUCAGGAGGAAUCCUGGCUGCGGAAUCUCAUGAAAGAAGCUGUUGCGCGGAAGUCAGCUCUGAGGAAGAUCCGCAUCGAAUUCUCCCCGGAUAUGGAAAGUGCCGAGCCACAAGAAUAUCCUUGGAACCGCAUGGACUGUCUACACGAAGAAUUCGAGCCGUACGGCUUGACACUGGAAUAUUGCGACCCGCCAGUGACAAAAUCCGAAUGGCAAGUGAUGUUCGAUGAGUCGUUUGACCCGUUUGAUGUAUCGAGCGAAUCGUCUGAUAUGGAGGAAUGA